AUGGAUGAACAGGAUUAUAAUUGCUCUGUCGAAUACUUCCUAUCGCCAUUUCUAGUACAAGAAUGGCAAUCGCUUGAGAAAAAUGGAUCAAAGAGGGAAACACUCCGACUUGAUAUGGUGGAUAAAUCAUCUUAUAAGUACAAAAAUGCAGAUGUUCUCAUCUUCAACACAGGACAUUGGUGGACUCAUGAAAAAACUUCCAAAGGGAAGGGUUACUAUCAAGAGGGUAGCACUAUCUAUGACCGAUUAAAUGUUAAAGAGGCAUUUCGAAAAGCUUUGACUACAUGGGCAAGAUGGAUAGAUGCCAAUAUAGAUCCUACGAAGACCCUUGUUUUCUUCAGGGGCUUUUCUGCAUCUCACUUCAGGGGUGGAAGAUGGAAUUCUGGUGGUCAAUGUGAUGGUGAAACAGAACCUAUUGCAAAUGAGAAGUUCUUGAAGAAAUAUACAUCAAAAAUGCGAAUUUUUGAGUCAGUGAUAAAGGGUAUGACUAAACCAGUAUUGUAUCUUAAUGUUUCGAGAAUGACUGGUUUCCGGAAGGACGCACAUCCAUCAAUAUACAGGAAGCAGAACUUAACGGAGGAGGAGAGAAGUUCGCCAACAAGAAUCCAGGAUUGUAGCCACUGGUGCCUCCCUGGUGUUCCGGAUACUUGGAAUGAACUGGUAUAUGCUCAACUCCUUGUCAAACAUAAUCAACAUCAGGAACAACUUCUGCAUCAAGAACUACAACAGAGAAGGCCAUAG